AUGGAGAAGUGGAUGACCAUCAGGAAAGGAGCACUCCGUAGAACACCGCCUAAAGGAUCAGGCAGUGAACUAGAGAGAGGGGAAAAAUGCUACACCCCUAGAGGAGAACAAAGACAAAGGGGAUCAUCAACAUCUAGGAAAUGGGAAGAUGAAGAAUUGGGUUCUAGUGAGAUAUACGAGCUGACAAAGAAUGAGGAAAGAACCCCUACCGGAAAAGAGGAGAGGCAAAUUGCAAAAAGGAAAAGGACAAGUGAAGAGACAACACCAAGAGAGGGCACAAGGUCAAAACGAGAAAUGAGGGAAGAAGAGCUGAGGAUUCACACAAUGAUGGAAAAGAUAAUAUACAUCACGGGAAUUAAACUGACGACGACCGAAGAGGACAUUAAAAAUGGGAUAAGGGACGUAGUAGGGAUAGAGAAGGAGGACGUUCAAAUAAAGUCAAUUAAGGAGGGCAAAUACAAGGAGAAAACUGCAGUAGUGGAACUACCGAAACAAGCAGCAAAGGCACUGAUACAGGAGGGCACUAUCAAAAUAGGAUGGGUAAGCUGUAUAAUAAUGGAAAAAGUAACUGUAGAUAGGUGCCUGAACUGCCUUGACCACGGACAUAAAACGAGGGAAUGUAGUAAGGAAAAGCAAGCAAGGAGAUGCCUAAACUGUGGACGGGAGGGGCAUAAGGCACAGGAGUGUAAAGAGGAGUCUUUCUGCACUAAGUGCAAGGAAACUGGACAUAGGGCGGACCGAACGAAAUGUCCCUACUUCAGACUUCUACUUGAUAAAGCCAGGAGAAUAGUCGAUGUUGUUUCUGUUGCUAUAAAAGGGUUACUCGAUGAUGUACAGGAUUUAUCCAGUAAUACUCCUUCAUCGACUCCAACAGACAUAGCGCCUUAA